AUGGAGCCGGGGGUCUUCGUUGUCAUCAUCCCGCAGGUCUCUGCACCAGUUGUCAUUGGCUCCAAGGGGGCUCAAAUCAAAUCAAUCAUGGAACAGUCAGGUGCAGAAAUCAAUGUGGGCCGUGAGGCAAUAAUUGGCAUGCCUGACCAGCCCAUUAGCGUAAACGGCACCGUCGAACAGGUAGUUUCUGCUGUCUCCGGCAUCAACAGCGUGCUCCAGGACAUGGUGGAUCGUGGGAAGCUGGAUGUUCAGAAAGACUUCCAGUUUCAAGCGGCUGCUGGUUUAGGCGCAGAGCGACCCAUGGAUGGCUACAUGCCGGCGCAGCCGGCUGCGCCUGCCCCGACGCCAGCCCCGCCGGCACCGACAGUAGCAACGGCUGAUGCGACAUCGUGGAGCAACGCUCCGACAACGACUGUGAGUUCGGCUGGACUCAAUGGAAACGCUGCUAGCUUGCCAGGUGAGAAGGCAAGAAGUGGCAGUGAAGAGGCCUUCAUGGCAGCACUGCAGGCGUCUGGCAUCAACAACGCCCAGCUCACAAUUCUGAUUAACAAGGACGUUGUACUCAAUGUGCUGGCGCCCCGGGGCCUCAUGAGCGAAGUCGCCCAAAGGUCCGGCUCAAGAAUUGACGUCGGCGAUGAAGGUCCUGCCGGCAUGCUGCAGGUCACCUUGAGCGGGGAGAUGGUCGGGAACGCGAUGGCAGCAUUGCUGCUGCAAGAAAAGGCGAUACAAUUUCAGCCGACGCAUUGA